AUGUUCUCCAAAUCGAUUGUUCACAUCUUCUUCCUGCUUCUCGUUCUGUUCAUUGGAACAUUCCGUGCCUUCGAUAUUGAACUGACCAUAUUGAUUCCUGCUAGUCAACGUGAAUGUUUUCAUCAAGUUCUAGAAGCAGGGAAAACUGUCGAAAUCGAAUAUGAAGUCUUAGCCGGUGGUGAUAUCGAUAUUAACUAUUGGUUUUAUUCUCCGACGAAUCGUGUUUUACAAUCCGAUUUUAAGAAACGCGAUGGACAUCAAACGCUGAAACUAGAAGAAUCAGGAGAAUAUCGAUUCUGUUUCGAUAAUUCAGUUUCCCGGUUCAAUCAAAAACAAGUCUAUUUCAGUUUACGACUCGUCAAUGAACAGGGCCACAAUGAACAAGAUCGUAUCACCGAAUCAUGGAUGAAUGAUGUUGCACGAGAUGAACUUGGAGAGUUACAAGACAAAAUUCAGAACUUUAAAGACAUUUUUCAACGUAUUUGGGAUAAUAUGGAAGCAGCACAACGUUAUCAAAAAGCGUUUAAUAACUACGAAGUCCACGACCGUGUUAUAGCCGAGAAUAAUUUCGAAAGAGUCAAUUUCUGGUCAAUCAUUCACCUAGUACUGAUGAUUUCAGUGUCCGUUGUUCAAGUUGUUACUAUUCGCAGUUUAUUCGAAUCGAAAUCAGCUUAUGGUAAACUCUUACGCGGAAAGAAAUGA